AUGGGCGCCCUGUGGGACGUCCCAAACAGCCGAUCACAGACUCCCGGCCACGCACACCCGCCCCAGCGAGAGCCGCGAGCGGAUCCCGAAGGUGGCGGCCCCCGGCCAGCGGCGCGAUUGUGCAGACUGGGGCGGCGCCGACCAACAGCCGAGGGUCCCCCAAUCUGGGAGGAAAGCAAGAGCGCUGGGCAGAUGCCAGCGGACGCCCUGCAGCAAGCAGACCCUGUGUGCUCCUAUGGGAUGCAGCCCAACUGGGACAUCAAGGAUCCGCAGAUGCCCCACGAGCCAGCCUUCUUUGACCACUUCCAAGAGUGGCCGGAUGGCUAUGUGCGCUUCAUCUAUAGCAGUGACGAGAGGAAGGCACAGCGCCACCUGAGCGGCUGGGCCAUGGAGAAAUCAUGCCCCAGCUGUCAUUCUGCGUUGGAAUUGAUUCCUUGUCGAGGGCACAGUGGAUACCCUGUAACCAACUUUUGGCGGCUUGAUGGCAAUGCGAUAUUUUUUCAGGCCAAGAGAGUUCAUGAUCACCCAAGACCAGAGAGCAAAUCAGAGACAGAAGCUAGAAGAAACACCAUCAAGAGACAAAUGGCCUCCUUUUACCAACCCCAGAAAAAGAGAAUUCCAGAACCUGAGGCAGAAGAAGAUCAAGACAGCAGUGGACAUUUCAGCCACAUACCUCCCUUGGAAAACCCCGAAGAGUUUGAUAUAAUUACUGACACCAGCUUCCUGGUUCCAGGACAGCCUUGCCCUUCCUUCCCAAACUCUGGGGAAGCUACCUGUGACCUGGCCACUUUUCAAGGAGACAAAAUGCUACCCUUUCAGAAGUCUCCAAACCCAAGAAUCUAUUUGCCCAGGCCACCUUGCAGCUAUGGAUUGGCAGGCCCUGGUUAUACAAAUUCAAGCCCAUAUUCCACUCUUCAUAAAGAUGCCACCAGUAUCCCUACUGACACAGACUGGGUCCAUCUGAAUGCACUACAAUAUAAUGUCAGUUCACACAGCAGCUAUGAGAAAACCUUUGAUUUCACCAGUAAACAUGGCUGGACACCAGCUCUUGGAAUAUCUGGCCUUGGGGAGAGGACUGACCAUGGACAGGUCCAGGCUGUGGCCAGUCUCCCUUGCUACAAUCCAGAACUUCCCUGCAGGUACCUCACGACUGCCGCACCAGGUGCCCCUGCCCUGCAGACAGUGAUUACCACCACCACCCAAGUGUCCUGCCAGGCCUACCAGCCCCCUGCUCUGAAACACAGUGACAACGUAUGGGAGGUCAAGAGGCUUUCAGGCUGUAACUGUGCUCCUGGGGACACCCAGAUGUCUACCUGUCCAGAAGCCUUGAGCCCUCCAGCUACAGUCACCAGGGCAGCCUCUCCCUUGGGGCCACUUCCUUUGAAAAUUCCAGGAGAUUUCCGGGCCAUCAGACCCACUUGGGCUUUUCCUCAAGAGUCAGCUUCCUCUAGGACGGACAGAGCAGAAACCUGGGAUGUGUGUCUGUCUGGGCUGGGCCGUGCCAUCAGUUACUCAGAUAGAGUGGGUCCAAUCUUUAGCUAUAACAGUGAGGACUUUUGAAAGACAACGCAGGGGACAACAUAAUACUGGCGUGCAUGCAGGCAGUGAAAUGCAAAAUGGCAACUAUCUCUUGAGUUGGGAGAUUGAUUUUGUAUGCAAAGGAAUACAGACAGUAGUAAAAAUGCUGAGUAGCUAAGGAAAUAUUAUAAUUAGUUGGAAAUGUUUAGAUAGUGUAGGGAAAUUUCACACAGCAUUUUAAAACCCACUGUAGUGCAUAGAAGUAGGUUGGGAAGGUGUGACUCUCCCAAGAGAAUAAAUAAGCAAACUGCAAAACAUUAAAUAAAUACUGACUUUGGUUCACUUAGCUUAUUAGCUGGAGUAGAAGUCAAGGAUCCUGGUUCUCACUCUGAGCCUUUUCCCAUCAGGCCAUAUUAGGGAAUGCCACACAUCCUUAUUUGGCCCUUAGAGGCUGUCAAAGUAGCUUUAGGAGGAAAUCAUUAGAAGCAUAUCUCCUGAGUCAUUUCAUGAAA